CUGUGGCUGUUACGAGUCUAGGCUUUUCCAAAUUUGAAAAUGUCGCUGUAAUAUACAAAAUCAACACAUAAACAAGAUUUUAAGUUAUAUUUGAGACUGUAAUUUUUUUCAUAUAACCAAUAAAAUAAAAUAUUUUUUUCGACAUUAAUAAGGAUAAUAUUGAACAAAAUAUAUAGGGAUUAUCUAGCUGAUGGAAUAGCGGAAGUACACAACAUACCGGCCAUUUUCUUUACGCGGUGAAUUUGAACAUAACAACAAACAAGAUGAAUUCGAAAUCUGCAAGGAGAAUAAAGCGACCUGCUAAGUUUACUGAUGGCGAAGUUGGCAACGAAUUAACUGUAACUGACAGAAAUGCCCCAUAUGUGACUGUGCAGUUUGCAGAGGAAGACCUUGAAAAAGACAUUUAUUUCCUGGGAGAUUUAAAGGGAGUUGAUAAUAAAGAGGUAGAAGCCUUCAGCACACUCAAACUUGGUCAACAGAUACUAGCCAGAUGCUCUGGUAAUGUGUACUGGGAGGCCACUAUUAAAGCCAUCAAUGGAACAUCAGUUCAAGAUGGAGACUGUCCAGCUGUCAAAAAAUUGAGGAACGAUGCCAAGAGAGAGAAAAAUAUUAAAGUAAAGAAAGGGAAAAUUCUGGUCUCAGAAAAUGAAGAGAAUGGUCACAGAAAUAAACAUAAACAGCACUCUGGUCAGAAAAAGAAAGAAGUUGUUCGUAUACCUGCUGACAGAGAGGCAGACAAGAAAGUUUCCUCAAAUGCUCAAAAAAAGAAAGGUGCUGAAAAUCAAGGUAUUGUGUCGAGAACAAAGGCAUACAGACCGAAAACGAAGCCUGAAGUAGACUUUGCUGACUAUGUCAUAGUUGAAAAAAACAGGACUGCACCUGAAGGUUUCCAGUUAUUAUGUGAAGGGGCCAGUAUAGCUGUUCGGCCCAUGUGGCUUGAGGAGCUUCUGGCAACGAUAAACAAAGCCAGAACAAAAAAAUUAAAGAAAGCUGCCCGCCAAAACAGAGAUGUGAAGGAGGAUGAGUCCUCAGAAAUUAUAAAAAGGCUAAUUGAUGGAUUUUUUGAGCCAUCAGAACUUGCGGUGCAGGGAGGGACUUCAGUCUUCAAAGACAACCCUGUAUAUCUGUCCUUGAAAAGGUAUGCUGUUCAUGUUCUCAAGACGAAUAAAACCAAAUUCAGAAGAGCCUGGAAUACAAAGAUGUGCGCUGCUAGACAGACAGUGGAUCGUCUGAGUGGGAAACAAAAGAGCAAUUAAUUGCAAUCCUUCGUACAAAAACUAUAAAGUCUGUGAUUAGGAUCGAAUUAUAGUGUCUACAUAAGUUCUUUAUAUUUUUCUUUGUAAUGGAUACUGUUAGUUACACUGCUUGUUGGUGACAGGAUACGCAGAGCACAUGUUUUGGACGUCUCACUUCAAGGUCAAGAUCACACUUACGGGUUAAAGGUCAUAUCAGUGUUCGGUGUCCGCUCUGUAACUCUUGAAUUGCUGAAAGGAUUUCAAAGAAACUUGGCACAAAUGUUCUUCACACCAAGACGACAUGCAGAGCUCAUGUUUUGGAGAUGUGUCACGCGCAAGACCCAGGUCCGUAGGUCAAAGGUCCUAAACUCUAACAUCGGCCAUAACUAUUCAUUCAAAGUGCCAUCGGGGGCAUGUGUCGUCCUAUGGAGACAGCUCUUGUUUUUUUAAUUACUUCCCUUUUAUGUUAUUAUAAAUAGCUUAUUUUGAAACUUGUUUAUUAUUGGCCAAAGGGGAAAAUCCAAGACCACUUUUCUGUGGUACAACAUUGAUGGAACUUCCAAUUUUUAGGUGUAUUUUGACAUGUAUGUACCUGGUAAGGAUUUAAUAUUUGGUCCUUCAUGACUUGUGAAGAAAACAGCAAUUUAAAUUUAAUACAAAACACUUGUAACAUGCCAGUGUAUAUAUCAUUUUGCUGGUUUUUGUUUUAUUUUUUUUUUAUUUUUAUUUUUUUUUUUUUUGUUUCUUUUUUACAAGAAACACACCCAAUUGCCAAAUCAUAUUAACACUUGUUAUUUAGAAUAUAUCCUUGAUUUGUUUUUAGUAUAGUCAUUUACGACUCAAUUUUUGAUAUUUUAUUGUUAUUAACUUUUGUUAAUAGUCUUUUAUUAGACAAUUACUGGAUAAUUUUCUUUUGUGCAUACAUGCAUGCCAUUUUUAAAAACGUUAAGAAAUUUUCAAAUAUUUGGUUGUUCAAGAAAACAACAAUUUAAAAUUUAGUACACAACAGUUGUAACAUGUAUGUGUGAGUGUAUAUAGCUGGUUGUUUUUUUAUGUUUUUUUUUAAGAAAUUUAACACAUAUACCUCUUUGCCAAAUCAUUUACUUGUCAUUUGAUUUGUUUUUAGUAUAGUCAUUUACUAGUCAUUUUUUAAUAGCUUCUUGUUAUUGUUAACUUUUGUAAAUAGUCUUUUAUUAAUCAAUUACUGGAUACUUUGCUUUUGUGCAUACAAAGUAUAGAAGUCAUUGACUAGUCAUUUACUUAAUAUUGCAGAAGUCAUUUACUUUGUAUUGCAGAAGUCAUUUACUUAGUAAAUCAGAAGUCAUUUAUUUAUCAACUACUUCUUUCCGGUUGUGUUAAUUAGUAUUUUACUAGUCAUUUACUGAGUCAUUUACUACCUCAUUUGCAUGUGAAAUUUUGCACUACUGAAGUACUAGUAAAGGAUGUA